CGUUUGCGUUCAGUGUUAUUCUGUACUUCGGACAGUGCAUUGUACCAAGUCAUUGUAACGCCUUCUAUGAGACUGCAUCACAUUUCAUUCAUGAGCUGAAGAUUGAAGAUUCAAAAUGGUUGAGAUAAGUAAGCAUCUAUUUGACAGUACUUGCCGCGAUGUUCACUGCAGCGUGCUUAUCCAUCCUUGGGGCAGAAGCUGUUGGACUUCAUCUAUAGAAACUUAUAAAAAUUCCUUCAUUGGAAGUGCCAAAUUUUAUAUAUUGGUACAUUUGGCGCAAAACUUAUUGAAGGGCAAGAAAAUGCUGAAAAAGAAGGAGUUAAUGAAGGCAGGCGAAUAUUACGCUAGGUCAACACUUCUCGGUGCGCUUAUAUGUGGAAGUAUUACAACUUUGUCAUGUUCCUUGAGGUGGCUUUUGGGAAGAAAAUUCACAUAUUAUACGUAUAUGCUACUUCCGUGCACGAUAAACGGCGUUUUUAUCCUUUUAGAACCCCCGAAAAGGAGAGGUCUAGUCAUAAAUUUAUUUUGCAAUUUGGUGAUUGAAUUUUGGAUACGUUUAUUGGAAAGAGACGGAUACCUUAAUAUGACGAAAGGCAAGCAGACAUUCAUGUUCAUGAUUGGUAGUGCUUUCCUCUUUUAUCUUAUGCGAUUAGAGGGGGAGAGAGGCAAGCGGACGCCUCUACUAUGGCUUUUUAGACCAGACAAUGUGAGACGAAAAACGGAUGAUUCACAAACUGCUUGUCCUCAUGACGGAUCUUGUACUAAACAUAUUUUAAAGGGUGCUUUCACGUACUUCGGAGUAGGUUUCGCAUUUACGAUGGCUCGAGUAUUAUCACCAAGAAUAUCCACGCCGUUGAAGGCCCUUGCCAGUGUGAGACGCAAGGAUUUCAACAUGGGACUGUUCUUCGCUAGCUAUAUCGGUAUUUACAGAGCUGUGGUUUGCUACUUAUGUCGUAAGCAAGGAUACGACUCAGCAAUGUAUGCGCUGCCAGCGGGUUAUCUCGCAGGAUUGUCAUUUUUAUUGAAACCAAGCUUAGGUUUCGCAAUAGCAUCAGUGACAGGAGCUUUUAAGUUAUAUUCAACAAUUCUCUAUGAAAAGAAAAUUUUAACUGAAAAAAUUCCACUACCCUUGAUAAUGUACUGCUUAUCACAGGGACUUUUAUUUCAUUCUCAUAAUGUGCAUCAAGACAUUUGUCCACAAUAUGUGAAAAAACUAAUGUACUCCGUUUCGAAUGGAAAGAGUAAAAUUAUUCUUCAACAGUUACUAGACACAGUUGGAGCAGCGGUGUAAGAAUAUGUCAAAUAAAGUGUGUCCAAUGUGAGGGUGAUUGAACUUUAAAAUGAUGAAAAAAAUGAACGAGAUGGAAGAAAUCUCCACCACCAGCAAGAUUAAGUAAAAAAAGUUACAUAACUAAGAAAGAAUGAAGAAACAAAUGACAAUAAAAUAACUUCAGUUACUGUAACAAUAAAAAUUAAUGGAACGCAAAACAUUCCAUGUAUCGACAUUUAUCAACAUAUGAAGACUCAAAUCCGGAAAAGGUGACUUAUCAUUCAAAUCACCGCGUGUUAAAUGGUGCAUAUUUUUUUUUUUUGAGAUUUUCAUUCUCGGCCCUAAAAUAGAGCAGUGAAUAAAGUCGAAGGUCUUCAGUGUAAAAAAAAAUAUUAUAUUUUUUUAGAGUCUUAGACAGCAAAACUUAUCUGUGAUUUUGUAGUAAUAAUUUAUAUUUAUCACAAAACGUUAUUUAUGUGUGGGGUGUAUAUUUAUAAUUUAAACUCUUAUAUUAAUAAAUAUAUAUAUAUUUUUAAUUUUU